AUGAAUACCAACAAACUAUUGAUCGAAUUCAUGGGAGGGGGCGCUUGUUGGGAUGCUAAUACUUGCGGGCAACAACAGGGCUACUUGACAUUUCCAGAGCAGCUCAACAACUUUGUGGGCUAUAGCUGUUCCGAAGUCAAUGCUUCGCAAGGGGAUAAACAAUUCAACAUGUUGUGUGCACAGAGCAAUGUAGGAGGAGUUGAUUUUACCGAAUACAACACAGUGAUUGUUCCCUAUUGCACUCAGGAUGUUCAUGUGGGAAGUCAAUCCGUUACCUACGAUGACGGAUCCGUCAUCAACCACGUUGGAGGUGCAAACACAAUGGCCGUAAUGGAAUGGAUUUUUGAGAAUUUCCGAUCUCCAUCGCACAUAGUUCUGACGGGAUGUUCCGCUGGAGGUACAGCACUGCCAAUUGCUUAUGACAUGCUCAACAUGCAUUACAAUCGAUGGACGAGGUCUCCUCCAGGCAUACGAUCGGUACAGAUUAGUACAGUGGCUGAUUCUUCAGUUUACCUCACCCCAACCUACUUUUUGGAGAAUGCUUUUGGAAACUGGGAUGCAGGACCGAUUAUGAAGAAACUUAGUUUCCCGUUCAACAAAUACAAGGAUAACGAAAAUUACAGCACAGAAGUAUGGAAUCAUGUUCUCAAAAGAGGACCCAACUCAGACCAAUGGGGUUUCAUUACCUAUAACAAUGAUCCCAUCUCGCAAAUGUACUACUCGUACAUGGGAGGAAUGUACGCAGACGAUGAUGGCUACAAUGGGAACGGGCGACUGCUUGAAGAUGUUUCAGAUGCAUGGUGGUCGUCGCUAUCUGAAUCUUUGACAUAUGUGCAAAAGAAGCAUAGGAACGUGCAAACAUUUAUCAUGGACGGAGAAGGUCAUUGUACCUUUGGAUGGUAUUACGCUAUGCAACAAGGGUCCGAGUUUGAUGACUGGAUCAAGAGUAUUAUCAAAGAAAAGGGAGUUUUCGGUCGAACGAGCCCAGCAGUACCUUCGUUCGCUAUUGCCGCGCUUUUGGGAGGGCUGAUUGCAUUGGGAGCCAUCAAUAGUCGCAAGAAGCGUGAUAUUGGCGUUGAUGAUGGCGUGCUUUUGAACGAGGGUGAGAAAAGGCGAUCUUCGUCUCAGCUGUUGCAUUCUACAUUCGCAAAGUUUUCUGGAUUUUGCACUCGAUUCAGCGGUUGCCCAAUCACUGCCGGAUACUUUGCAAUAGUCACUAUAUACUUUGCGACAAUGCUCGUCUCGCAAGGGUUUGCACACCCUGCCAACAAUCCAAGUUUGGGCCCAAGAGCUACAUCCUUGAGCACCUUUGGAAUCAAUAACCCAUCCUUGAUUGUCUACAACUCUCAGUUGCUCAGACUAAUGACAUCAGGAUUCUUGUGCAGCGGCAUUCUUACCUUUGCGAUCCUAGCAUUCACUCUACACCGUCAUACGAGAAACCUUGAAAAAGAGAUCGGUAGCAGCAAGGAAUUCUGCAUCUUAAUGCUUGCAGUGAUGCUUGGCAGCAAUCUCAUUUACGCUUGCGUGGCAGGAGGGGCGAGUUGCGCAACCAUUGCCACAGUUCUCGGAAUGAACACGCUAUCAAUAGUCCUCCCAAGAAACACGUCGGCAUCUGAGACACCUGCUACCCCAACGCCGACGUGUUCAACUAUCACAAUUUUCAUUUUUGCUGCAUUGGCUUUACCCUUCAACAGUUGGAUAAUAAAUUUCGCAAGCAUAUGUGUUGGUCUAUUCUUGGGUUAUGCUGUGGUUGAAAGACAAAUGCAAGAAGUUGCAUCUGACCUGAAAACAGGGCAGUCUCUCUACACUGCCAAGCGAAACCCAUUAAUGGGCUUCUUUGCUUUUUGCAUGAUUUUGUUCUGCCUUCUCGCUUUUCGGGCCAUUAGACCAAACAGGUUGUACACGAGCCCUUUUCUCACUGGGUGCGACCUAGCAUACGUUGAACUUCCAUCCGAUAUUGUGGGUUCCUACUACGACAACAGGAGGCUAGACGCGGCUGGGGAUGGUGCUGAUACACUUUGUGCCGAGUUCUGCGUCCCUCACCUUGCUGCGAGACCAGUAGUCUGGGGUGCGUCUACAUAUUCCGGAUACGCCGUGUCGAGUGGUCAAUGUGCAGACAAGGGAUAUGAUACACAUAUCGCUGACAAGACAUUCUCCAAGGCGACUUAUUCUGUAGAUGUCGAGGUCUACACAAGUUCUAACAAUGGACACAAUUGA